UGGUGUGUGCUUGCCUGAAUAAAUGCUUGAAUGCUUGAUUGCAAAGCAUCCACUCUCGACUCUUGGCAUUUGUUCUGGUGACCGGGCUCGGUGUUCGCGACAGUUGGCGUAGUCGGCAGGAUCCUCGGAGGACACAAUUCCAGCUCCAACCCCAGCUUGGAGGAUCGAGGAGGACGAACACCCGGAUUGACUCCACUCUACUCGUCCCAGACAAGGCAAUUGGCAGAGACAGGAAGAAUAAGGCCCUAUAUACGACGGACAUCGUCGCACAGGGACCAGGACACUCAUUUUGGACUACAUCAGCCCGAGGCGGAAACUCAGGACGACGUCUGCUACAGGUAGCAGAAAUAGGUGCAUUCCUUGUGGGGACAGCACUUGGUGCACUGAUUGCAGGUGCCAUGACUGAAGAACUUCAAGUACAGAUCACGAGCCUGCGACACCUACAGAAUGAACAAUUCCGAGCAGUCCAAGCUAUUUCCAACAACCUGCAUGCUGUCGCCGUUACAUUGGACAAAAUGCAUGCAGAACAACAGAGCUUUAAAGAAGGCAUGAACAUCCUCUUCAAAAAACAACUAGAAGAUGAAAAGAUUGUUGCCCAGGAAGUAUCCCAGAUUCUCCAUCGUCAAGAGUGUCUACAUGCGCAGUUAAUGCUGCAAGCUGCCUUCAAUGAUCUCAAGAUGCUUUUCAACACUGGCGUUGGUCGUGAGACGAGAUCAGGUAUAACUGUUUUAGACCCUACUAAAGAAAGUUCCUGUGUUGACGGCUUUUGUGACUUAUAUAUAUGGCAGAUUUCCACUUCAUCGGCUGUAGUGGCUUUUGACACUGUACCGGUGCCACAAUACAUCUCUGGCUCCUGGCUGGUACCUUAUGAUCGUUACCUGUUGGCGGUGGUGGACAAUAGUUCCUGGUAUGUGCCCAUGUCUUCAGUAUAUGCGCUUGGGCCAGGCCUUUUUCUAGGGUUUGAGCUCUGGAGGCCGGACUAUCCGAUCUCUAGAAUCGCCCUGUGGCCUCAUGGCAUCAGACGCAUAACAGACCUUGGUGGGUAUCGCAUCCUCACGUGCGGUGACUCUGCCUAUUCGGUCCAAUUGUGGCACAACGCUUCCUACAAGGAACAUGUCGAACUCCCCACGGGAUGCCAUGUCCAUACCAACACCAUGAUGGCAAAACACGAUCAAACCAACCAGACAGUCCUAACCUCAGUGGCCAUGGUUACAAACCAUACCUUUGGUUUGCAUUAUUUUGUUAAGCCUGUCACAUCCAGCCAUGAAAUUUUUAGAAAGUGGCAAGAGUCCGCUCAACAUCUGGACACACUCUUCACUCAAAACCAACACGUCAUAGAUAAACUACAUCAAGAUUCUACUGCAGUUCUGAAGACAAUGAAGCAAGACAUCUCACAAAUGCGCUACAUGGUACAACACGCUCGUAUAGUCCCAUCAUCUGUCUUUACAUCGAUAGCUCAAGAUUGUACCCUAUUUCAACUGAUACGUCGCGCAAUCUUACAGGAUUUUGCCUGCUUACAGCGAUGGAAUCCCUGGCACUGGAUGAAAGAACUAUUUCGUAUCAUCACUAUACUGAUACUAUUUUACAUCUUUAUUCGUGCCUUCUUCUUCUUCUGUCGCAGGACUGCUCGUGCUUCUACCAAAGAAUAUCAUAAGAAGUGGCUAUACAACCAUGCCUAGAAGAAGAUCCGCUCUCAAUCUUAGGCACCAUGCAUGCUGUCGACUUUGCCUAGCAUACCAUGUGAGACACUUCUUUACCAUCUCUGGACAACAGCAUUUUCGCGAAAUAUGGCCAAUAUUAUGCAGAUUGGUUAGAUUUUAUGCUUGUACUCCUUG